AUCACGGCGGAAGCUGGUGAAAAAAAACACCACCUUUACAAAAGGCGGUUGUUGUUGUUUUGUAGUGCAGUUGUAUACCAGGAUAUAAACAGCCGUAGUAAUGUCACAAAACGGAUAUUAUUCAGAACAUAGACAGAAAGCAUGGAGGCGAACAUCAGAAAAAACACGCUCUCGUUAAAAACUCUCGUUUGAAUUUAACGCCUCUCGCGCUCUUUGUCCUCCCGCCCUCGUUUCCGGGUUUUCACCCCCUUUCCUAGCAACGCUUCUUGGAUACGCGUUUGGGGAAGCGCGCCUACCGUGGCGGCGGACUGACAGCAACAACAAUAACAUGGAGUCUCCAGAGGUACGUUGGUUAACUUAGCCUCGUGUAGUCCGCCAAAGUUACAAAAACAGCUUGUUUGUAUAAUUUUAACCGCAUUUAUUAUCGAAGCAACGGCCGAAGUUCCGUGAUCCAAGUUACCAACGUGUUCCGUCGAAGCAGCUUGUUUAGCUAGUUAGAUGCUAACGCGGCACUGCUAAGUGGCUUGUUUGCGGACGGAUGAACAAACUGUUAAACCGAACUUACAUUAAUGCAUUAUGUCACAGUUUACGUUUGGAUUUUGAGCGACUAGAGAACUUUGAAUGACGGAUUAUGACAGAUUAUACCCAACACAGUCACUUACCACUCUCCAAGCUAACAGUAACCUGUUGCAUGUCGCCUAGUUUAGCUGUAUUUGGACAACUUGAUGGCAUCUCUGGAGCGUUUAGUCUUAAUGGAGAAGCAAAUUAACCAGACUGCAAACACAGAAAUAAAGUUGAUAUUAAAUGUGGGAUUGGUUACAAAAGGUUAUACUUGCACGGUCAAUAUAUAGAGUAGGCUAAUUCAGGACCCGUGGAAAUACUAUUUGACCCCGAAGACAUUGUAUUAUUUAGAUGAUAGCCUUUUGAUAGAAUGUGAACACUCUUUUUGUCCUCUAUGAUAUUUGAGCAAUAGAUAUAGCAUUAUUCAUAAUAAUAAUGCAUCAGAUUUUUAUAGUGCUUUAUCAAAGACCCUCAAAACACUUAAGAUUGGAUACAUCAUUCAUUCAUUCGCUCAUACAGUCACACCUUGGUGGUGGUGAACUACCUUAGUAGUCACAGGCUGCCAGUUUGUGCCCUACCGUCUCUUCGACCAUCACCUCUUAACACUCAGAAUCAUACACCAGUUCUGGACACUACUGGGAGCAAGGUGGGUUAAGUGUCUUGCCCAAGGAACAACUGACCGACGAGGGAUAGGGGGGAAUUGAACUACCAACCUUCAAGUUAUUGCAUGACUGCUCUACCUCCUGAGCUACUGCCGCCUGUAAUUGUAAUUUUAAUGUCUUUGUUAAGAAUUGCUUGAAGUGCCCCUCACAACAGACUUUCCAAUCAACAUAUCAGUUAAUCAGCAUGUCUAGACAUCAACAGACAACAUCCUGCAGGAUGCUUCAGGUGUCACCACCACCCCAGGGGGGUGAAGUAACAGUCCCCACAGACAACAAAAGGUGCCAACACCUAAGCCCCAUUCCUUGCCCUCUGGGAGGCGGUCCUAAAAGUAUAAAUAUUCUGUAUUCCCCUAGAUUCGGGGUCCUUUCUGAUCUACCCGCUCGGAUCCAGAUCGACCUUUUCUUUGCAAAGAAAAUAAAACCUUGUCGGCCGGCAGAAUUCUCUAUUUCAUUAUUCACCAGCAGCAACGGAAGGAGAAAAACUUCCACGACACCGCCACAAGACCGCAGACUGCACAACUCAUUUGUCUAUAGAAGUAGGGAUGCAUAGAUGUAGUGGUUGAACAUGGGUAUCGACAAAUAUUGGCCCUAGUAUGGCGGUAUCGGUAUACAGUGGGUCCUGCACCAAGGUCAUUUGUCAAUAUUUUGUUGUAUCAUGUUGAUUUUGUUGUGUCUUGUCUGUCCGUAAUGUGUAAAUGUGUAGGACAGUUAAAGUCUUAUUUUAAAUGUUGGUAUCAAGUCUAGAGUCAAGAGUAAAAGCAGCAUUAAAACAGCAGAGUGCACAAAACAACCAGAUGAGUGAGUCACUUUGUUUAAUGAUUCGGUUUACAGAGGGUGGAGGCUUCUACUCAGGCGCCAGCAGGUGAAGAUGUGAAACAAACAUCCUUACAACAUCCAGAAGCUCAAAGUCGUAGUCUUCCUGGUCAAGAAAGGGGGCAGUACAGGCUGGAGACAGAUGGGUUGGAGCUGCAGCAGCCGUGGCGACAAACUUCACCAGGUGGGAAAAAAAGAAUUUGUCCCUCCUCUUUUUUCACCAUAUUUUGAUCAGAUCAAAGUCUGUUAUUAAAAAAAAAACAGGUGGUUAGGUCUUAGUCCUGGAGUUGUUAAUUAUACAACACACUGAUUCUUACAGUGAGAAGUGAGAGCCAGGGAUUCGUGUCAAGUCUCUGAGAUGUCUUUGCCUAAAUCUGUCUACUGUGCUCAUGGAUAACCUCAAGUGUUGUUUGUCAACAGCAUUUCAGGACAGUAACCUGUCUCCAGCUCUUCAUCUGCUGCCUAUGAACUCUGCGCUGGAACACAACUUCACUGAAUAUUCUUUAUUUCACCAAAGUGACCAUGAAUUUGCCCCUUUAAGGUAAAAAAAAAUCAUUCAAUUGAUCAAACUAUGAAUGCUUUUUGAAUAUUCAGAGCUGAAUUAUUUAUGUAUAAAUGUUUUUUUCUAAAGGGCAUAUCCUGACAUCUCCAUGGCAUCAGAGAGGUUCCACUGUCCACCCCGGGAGAGCUCUGUCCAGGCCUCCUCUGAGUGUGGCUCUUUGUCCCAGCACCCUUUGGCUCAGGAAACCAUCCUGUCUGAAGAAGGAGCGAGCAGCAGCUGCUCUCUUUCUCAGCACAGUUUGUCACCAGGAGACGUCAACAAAGGAAAAGUGACGGCUCAAAUCCCACCGAUUUCCCCCGAUGCUACUCAAGGAGCGUCGACCAUCGGCGACUCGGACACCAGAAAGAGGGAGUUAAAGAUUUUAACGGACUCUCAAACAAGAAGAGCAGAGGAGAUGGCCGAGGAUGAAACUUUCUUUCUUAAUAAAGAUGUUCCUGCUCAGCACCUCCUGGACCUCCUUCAGAAGGACUUUGGGAUGCCAAGCAGCAGCAGUAGUGCCGUUUCCUCUGCCUCUGAGACCUCAGUGAAGACUGCUGCUUCUUUAGCAGAAGAGGCUAAAUGUGUUCAAGUUAACAAACCAAGUAUUGACCAAAGCUCUCUUAGGAGAGAAGGCCCAACAGGGGAAGUCUGCCCCCCACAGCAGCAGAGACAAAAACCUGAUCGAGAUUCACCCCCCAACCAGUCAAAAACCUUGUCGUCUGAGGUCUGUAACAUCACGACGGGGAGUCGGAGCACCCAGCCUGAUGAGAGCAGCGAGGUUUUACACAGAGAGCUGCUGAGUGAGGUGGAGAGGCGCAACAGGGAUGCGUUAAGUCCUACACCACCAGGCCAGAGUCUGACGCCGUUCCCCACUAAGAGGCACGAAGUCAAGCCAAGUGUGACCAAAACCAGCGUAGGAGGCCUGCCGUGGACUGGGCCGUUUUCAACAGGCGUCGAACGAGGUCACAAAGACCAAGAUCUCUGGUCCUCAGGGAACCAAACAGGGAUUGAUGGGUCCUACCUCGGUUUCCUCCCACAGUCUCAAUCAACACCAGGGGUUUUUAGAGCCCCACCAAAAUCCAGUGUUAAGAUUAGAUUAGGACAACUCUCUGAUAUUGAAUCCAGUCAGAACUCACGCCAGUCCAGCACAGGGAUCUCUUCACAUCACGCUGUUCCCGUGAUCGGCGUCCACGGCCCAGAGGUAGCGAGCCAGAGCCAGGAGGAGGCGACCUCUGCCAAAGUCCAGUCCCUCCCAAGUCUCAACUUUAUGGAGAAAGUCGACGCUUGGAGGGCGAAUCAGAAUUCAGGAAAGACGUCUCUGUUUGACAGCCUCGCACUGCAGGGGUUUUCUGGAGUCUCCCCCAAGAAGAAAGCCUACGACGUGGUUUCUGACUCCCUGAAUCGCAUCCUGAGUCAGCAGGCCAAGGGUUUACAACAACCUCCUGUUUCCAGCGCUGCCAAUCUGAACGUCACACAGAGCUCCUCCACCGCUCCCUCUGCCUCCUCUUCUUCUAAAAGAGGAGAGGCAGUGGGCAGCGCUCCCAGUGACAAAGAUAAGACCGUGUCUGCUGUGGGACCCUCUGCCUCACCGUACGGCCGGUCCCAGUCCCACUCCUCCAUCAGCACUGUCGUUGCUUCUACAAAGAAAGAUCAGCAAACAGAGACAGCUGCAGUCAACAGAAACACCUCGGUCCAACAUUCUCCAUUCAUGAGCCUCGGACAGUUCAGUGACGUCUCACUCGAUCUGGAUUCAACCCUCUCCAGUUCCCAAGGCAGUAACAACAGUGGACUCAAACCAGGAACCUCCAUCGGAGCUUCUUCUGCUGUCAGCCUAGAGGUCGAUAACUACGCCCCAUACUGGACCUCAAAACUCUCAACACCUCCACCUCAACCCAAGCAGCGAGAACUCAACAUCGAAGAAAGAAUCCCGGUAUUGAGCGUUGGAUAACUUCAAAAUAUGAGUUCAUUUGAGUUGAGUGUAUUAUUUACAAUCCUCGUCUUUGUUUCUCUUGCAGCUGUAUCUCCGUAAUCUGGGUAUCGACCAGUCUCCUUCAACCAUCCUAACUCCGUUUGUGCCCAAAGGACCAAUCAGAGAGCCGGAAUUCUCCCCCACCGAUCUCUGUACUAUAAAAGGAUCUAUCGGCACCCCAACCAAGAGCGCGCAGCCCUCUGAAGGUACUAACAACUGGAUAAAGAUAUCACACAUGCAGAGGGUUGGUAAGGGUUGGUUGUGCUUCAUUAAUGUACUUUACAUGUCGUACUUACAGGUGGAAGUCCUCAGAAAGGAGAGUUUUCACGAUGCAGCGUUCUGUCAGUGGACUCGAGUGUCUCCGUACCGUUCAGCCUGGACAGUCUCGGUCCAAGUGUUUCCAUCCCAGAGCGUCCGAGGCGAGCUUCUCCUUUGUCAGAUACCUAUGAUGCGCAGAGUGAACGAAGACUGGCAGCCUCCCCACAGCCUGAUGAAGACUCGUACCCUUCCACGCUUCAGUCCACCCUGCAGCAGCAGCAGCAGAGGGACAGCAGCCAGAGCACCAUCCAGUCUGGAGAAAGGUUCGAGUCUGAGCUCUUAUUGUCUACCAACGCUGAGACCGACUUGGAGUCACCUUUGCAAACAAGUCGUAGCAUGGAGCGGAGUGCGGCGGAUUCUUUUGUCAGCUCGAACGCUCUGUUGGAGAUCCGUAAACUCCUCUCUCAGGCUGACAAUGUCAUAUCCACGGGGUCUUCUGUCACCUCCUCUCCUGCCGCGCCCCGUCUGCUCUCUGAUAACGACAUAUUUCUGUCACUGAGGAAGAAAACCAGCACACUCCAGGACCCCUCAUUCUCCUCCUCCUCCGCCACUGAAGAUCCCAGAUCUCGGUCCUCACUUCUUUGGGCCAGAUCCUCCUCUGACUCCUUGUUGACCUCAGACAAAGUACGAGGAAGCUCUAUUGGUCGAGAGAGUACAGCGUCACCAGGGCAGCAGAAUUAUCCUGCCACACAAGCUCCAGCAGCAGCUGCACACAGAAGCCCACCAGAUAACAUUGUUAGCCCAGAUGCAGGUCCGCCUUUUGUUCUGUCCCAGUCGGCCCGGAGAGCAGAGCCCGAGGGCUGCAGCGCCGCUCCUCCUGAUAACACGGUCACCAAGCCUUUACCAGCUCCGAGUCCAGCACCGCUCACCUCCACGCCUCCAGACACCGCAGGAGUCACCGAGGAGGAGACGCAGACAACUCCUGACAGUCCGGCACCGAGCAGCUUCUCCUCACCCGUCUCUGAGGAUCAGGGCGGGAUGAGCGACGGGAGCAGUGAGAGCUCGCUGGCGGUCAGAGUGGCCAAGUUACUGCAGAGCGAAUCUCCAUCGACCAUGGUGUCCAGUACAGCCAGUAUGACGGACCAGGAGGAGAGCAAAGCCAGAGGUGAGAAGAUCGACAUCUUCAUGUUUUAGCUUUAGCUUUGAUUUUGAUAUUUUUGAGGAGAUGUAAAGAAGCGUUGAGGGAAGUCUGGGUCAAAUAUCUGCCGUCUUUGUCGCAGAGUGGAUUAAACUGAAGUUAUCCGGGCAGAAGUGUGAACCUCUGCUGUUGGACCAAGAAGACAGACGGAGGAUCGAAGAGAUCAAGAGAGAGCUGUUGUUGAAAAACCCCAUAAAGGUAAAACUGUCCAUCAUGAUUCUCCUCAUAUCAGACAUGAAUGUAAAGCUUCAUUAUCACAGUUAAAGGGAUAUUCCUGCGUAAAAUUAAGUUAGAGUCAAACACACCGUAACACCGAGUUAGAGACCCUCCCAGAGAUGAAUGUUGCCGACCGCUUGCUUCUCUAGUUAUACCAACUUUAGUAACGACCACAGGAUAGCAAUACAGAGAGCCACGCGCUCAACCAAAACGCCACUCUAUAGCCACAAAUAAUGUUUAGAACAGCACCUAACUUUAUCAACAGUACAUAUAGGGUCCCAGUCAAAGUAUUAGCCACCAAACAUCUUUUUAACUUUGACUAAUUUCUUACUACUCUCUUCCAGCGGCCGCUUGUUUGUAGCUAGACCUCAGACCAGUCCAUUACGGACUACAGCGGGGUGCCGCAGCUCAAGGAAGAACAUUUAUGAUCAUUUCUUUCUCAUUUCCUUGAAGUAAUAAUCAACAUAUUAAUCAUUUUUGCACUGCAGAUGCAGUAGCUCUUCUGCCUUAGUGUUCUGCUGCUUUGAACAUUAUUUGUGGCUAUAGAGUGGCGUUUUGCUUGAGCGCGUGGCUUUUUGUAUUGCUAUCAUGCUGUCGUUACUAAAGUUGGUGUAACUAGAGAAGCAAGCGGUCGGCAACAUUCAUCUCUCGACAGGGUGUCUAACUCAGUGUUAUGGUGUGUUUGACUCUAACUUAAUUUCAUGCCGGAUUAUCCCUUUAAUUCUCUCAAUUAAAGAUAACUUGAAAAUGGUCAUUUAAAAACAUGUUUGUGGUUGUCAUCCAUCGUCUUCAUCUGGACAGACCAGGCGACACACUUGAGGUACCUGAUUUGUUGUGAGCUUGGCGUGUCAAAAUGUGCAUGUUGGGGUUUGAUUUUAACGAGGUCUGCAGUGCAUCAGAGAACCUUCAAGUGGAUCUUUGCGGUGCAGGAUUUUUGUAAAACCGUUUUAUGCUGACUUGUGUUGUUUUGUUUCCUCUUUCAGAGCCGUGGGAGCACAGAUACAGAGAGCAGCGCAUCAUCUAGUGUCAGAGGACCAGGGGGAGGCCGAGAUCAGACUCAUCAGCCGAGUGCUGACAAACAGGCGUCUCAGCUGCAGCAGGGUCUCCUCGGCACAGACCUCUCUGACCCCAGCACACACCCUCAAAACCUUCUUCCUUCUAAUCUUGAGGUUCAGGUACAAGAGAUCGCAGCCAGAGAAGAGGUGACCCUCUCCAGAACGAAGCCUCUGGCCCUCACAUCGAUCACAAUCGCCACCCGGAGGCGCUCCACCUCCCCCUCUCCUUCCACAUCGCCUGCACCUCCUCUCAGUCCAGCACCAGGGUCUCUUCGCCUGGAAGAGCUCUCUGCAGCCAACAUCCGAGAAGAAAACAAAACCACCAGGGAUCCAAACCUGACUCCUCAGUCAGCUCCGAGCAUUAAGAAGAGACAGGACACUGUAGGAGGUCAGUUAGAAGAAGACGCUCCUCUCUCCUCUCAGGGUUUAGGAGGAGCAGACGUGAACUCUAAAGACACCCAGGACAGCCAAGCCUCUGGAGUUAAAGAGCUCACAGGUUCACCCACCUCUGAAUCAUCAGUCAGGACAGGACAUGUGUCUCACGUCCAUCUCACUCUGUCCCCUAAAUCUGACACCAGCGUGAGCGCCGCUGUCCCCUCUGCUCACGCUGAUGCAGGUAAAAAGUUUGUGUCCCUCAGACACUCCUCCUCUUCUGCUGCCAGCAGUCUGGACGAAGGUGUAGGUUUGUCCAGUCCUCCAGACUGGUACGACAAUAAAGAGCUGGUUAAACAGCGCAGUAACGAAAGAGCCGACACCUCCACCGUCUUCAAACAGGCCUCCAAAUUCUCACAAUCCUCGACAGUUUUUCACAAAGUUGUGGCGCCAACAAGACCCUUCACCACGGAAACACCAGGUAGACCUAACACGAUAAAUCAGAGCUUGUUGGUUUAAUUAUUCAUAGUAGGGGUCUGGGGAUCAUCAUCCCUGGACUGUUAUAAAGGUCUACAUGUUUCUCAUGCCUCUCCUCCGACAGUCGUACCCGUCCUGUUGCCUUAUAAACCUCGUGGCAGUGAGGAGCUCUUCUACGUCCCUCAAACGAAAGCCGACGCCUCCUCCACCGACCACUCGGACACCACCAUGGAGAGCUCCCACCCUGGUAAACUCACAUUCCUGUUCCUCUGCAUUAAAAGGCCGUAACUGACAACCAUGUGAUGAUGUUCCUCUCCUGUUUAAUUUUAACUUUUGAUUCAGAAUUAAAAUCAGAAAGUUUGAAAUCUAGAAACCUGAAUUGUCACUUUGAUCUAGAGGCUCUGCUCUCAUGCUCCUUCAGCCUGUUUAGGCAGCAGCUGCUCCAUUGUAACAUACACCAGGCAGCGCAUUAAUUAUUCAUGUUCGGGGGCUGAGUGAGACAAAGGCAGAGCUGAGGCCCAGUGGAGUGUCAGAGGGAGAGGGGACCUGCUCAGAAAAAGACGUUUUUUUCACAGUUUCGUUGCAUUUUUCCAUCUGAUCACAUGGACUUGGGGAAAAUCGUGUUUGUGUUUAUGAUUCUUACCAGGCUCAGAUGACGCCGUGCCCCCACACUUCAGCAGCGAGGUCCUCGGGCACAGAGACCCCGGGCUGGACCGCGGAGUCAGCAUCAGACACUCAGAGGGGAUCUACAGCAAGAGGUUCAAAACAGCCACCUUCAGAAUGCAGGAGCCUGAACGCAGAGGUGAGCAGGACCGUCACACUCAUGUCAGAGUAGCUGCAUCCUUAAAUAUUGAGAAUAAGCAUCUUUUUAUAAACUACAGGUCUGCAAAUACUCAGACUAAAUGUAUUUAGGUUAAAGGUCGUUGUUUAGCUGAGUAGAAAAUAUCACUGAUAUGAAAGACAUUUAAAAAUCCAGUGAAGGAAAUCAUCUCUGUUUAUUUUUAUAUAAAUAUUCAUAAAAACUUCACCUUCAUCAUAUAAAUAAUAAACUCUUUAAUGCCGCCAAAUAAAAACGUGCUCUUUUUGUGCUCAAAUACGCUCCUCUUCUCCAUGUUGUGUGUAGGGAUGCCCCGAUACGAUAUUGAUAUUGGAUAUCGGCCCGGUAUCAGCCAAAAAACUAAUAUCAGAUUAUAUCGGCCUGCAUCUAAAAUCUCAGAUAUCAGCACUCCAAUAGAAGCAGUCCAUUCCAGACUCCACUCCGGCACCUCUAGCAUGCGGAGCCCACGUGAUCACAACAAGUCAGUGUGUUUACAUGCACAGCUUAAUCACACUUAGCUCAUAAUUCGUUUUUUGCAGAGACAGACUUUUCGCUACUUUUUCUGCAGAUGAGAUGCACGCUACUCCUCUUCUCUGGUGUUUUUGUUCCAGGGUUACGGGGGCGUGGCGCAUGUACAUAAUCAUAUUGUCCGGUUAUACUCCGAUUACGCCGGUUACAUGGUAGAGAAAAUCGAAUUCCAAUCACAUUAUCUAGGUGUCUUAAUAGGAGUUCUCAAACUCCUAUUAUAGUCAGACUAAGGUGUUUACAUGCACUUUAGUUGUCUGGUCUUUAAUCGGAAUAAGGCGAUAAUUCAGUUUUCUCGGGUGUCAUAUAAACGUACUGACUGUGUACUAAGGUACUAACAAAGUAGCAAGGAAUAGGAGUGAUGUCGGCUGUGUGGCAGUAUGUUUCGUUAAAGUUCAAAAAAGACGCCACAGCUGAGUGCAAAACUUGUCAUGCACAAGUUUGUGCCAAUAUCGGAUUAAUAUUGGUAUUGGCCGAUACUGAAGGCUACAAUAUCGGUAUUGUAUCGGAUGUAAAAAAUUUGGAUCAGGACACCUCUAGUUAUGUGUUUGAAGCUAGUUAUAACAGAUUGACUCUCUAUCUCUCUCUCUCACUCACAGGAGUCUCUGUCUCAGCAGAUAAAACCUCUCAAACGAGCGCGUCUCAAAAGCCCGGGUCCUCUCAGGUAUCGGUCGCCUUCACCAGAGUGCCUUUAUCCAGCAACCAAGAAACCUCCAGGAGAGACCAGGGCACCAGUCCUGUGCAGUUCCUCAGUCAGGAUCAUCCAGGGCCAAGUCACGGGAGAUUUCAGCCCCUCCAUGUGGACCCAGACUACAGCAGGAUGAGUCAUCACAGGGGGCAAAGUCUCAUUCUUCAGGCAGGACAGGAGCAAGAUCAGGAGACAGUAGACUCGGACGUCCCUCACUUUACUACCCAGCCCAGCAGCAGCGGCGGCACUCUGGACCAGCUGUGGCAGAGGUUCUGUGACCGGUGGAGCCAAGAGGAGUCCAGACCGACCAGAGACAGAGAGGCGUCGCUGUUAGAGCGCCUGGAGCGUCUGUCACAGAUUAUUCAAAGCACGAGAACGACGAACGUUUCAGGAGCGAACGAUGAUGAAGAAGGAAGGGAGGAGGAGGACGCUGCAGGAAAAGGAAGAAAGAGGGUUAGAGAGGUGAGGAGGAGCAGAAAGGAGGAGGUCUCUCAUCAGACGUGGACACCAAGUCUUCAGGUCGCGGAAACCUCUCGGCCUGCAGAUGAAGAAAGACGUGACUCCUCCUCCGCCUUCUCCAGCUUCUCCCACGACUCCUCUCUGAGUCCACACCUCGGUCCCGCAGACAGAGACGACUCAGAGACCGUGUCCAGCCGGUCUGGCUCCAUGUCCACCAUCGACACCGCACGGCUGAUCCGAGCCUUCGGCGCCCACAGAGUGCGGCACCUGAAGACGAGCUCCAGCCUCAGCAAGCUUUACGGCGCCAUCGACAGACAGAGAGAAGGGAGGGAGGAGAGGAGGGGAGGAAACAAGGAAGCACCUCACAACAGCAGCAGCAUCAGCAGCAGCAGCACACUAUCAGAGACCAACCUCAGCCAUCAAUCCUCAGUAAGAGUCGGAGUAUUUUAGUAAAUCAGAGGUAUUUAACAGCUCCAAAUAUCUGAGUGAGUCUGUAUCUGUCUUUAGAUUACUGCUGAUUCUGCAUCGUCGACCAGCACCUACACCCUCCCGUCACACCACGGCCCGUCCAGAACUCUGGCAGCAAAGAAGGCCGUGAAACUGGUCAACAAGAGCAUCCAGGCAGGUGAGACAAGUGAGGAAGAAGGUGGAAUAAUGUAGAAGUGUUUAAAGUGACAGGUAAUGUGUCCGCAAGACCCUCUGACUCAAAUUUGAAAAGUAAACUGGAGCUCAAAGUUGGUAUGGUUCGUUUGACCCUAAAUUAAUUUUAUGCCGGAAUAUCCCUUUAAAGAAUUGACUCAUCACUCAGGGGUUCUCCUUUCCUCUCAGGCGACCUGGAGCUCGUCAGUAACGUGACUCGACGCCACACGAGAGACGUGGGAACCACAUUCCCCUCGCCUGGUGAAGCCAGAACCUCCAGGCGGAUCUCAUCUCCGUCUUCCAGCGUAGAAGGAGGAAGAGGAGGGAAGAAGAGCCCCUCGAAGACUCACGGACCACAGAAGCACAGAAAGAGCAAGAAAAGCCCGUCAAAGACCGUCCCUCAAGGUGAGUCAGACCAAAGAGGACUAAAGUUUGUGAUGUUUUUGGACAUGUUUCAGUCUAAUCCACGUCUGCGCUCUCCUCCAGGUGUUUCAUGGUUCAUCUCUGCGGACGAACUGAGAUCAGAGUCCAGGAAGGAGAACAGACCAGAGGAAGAGGAGCCGCCGUGGAGGCCGAGCACCGCCUGGUUUGAGCCGUACAGCAGAACCAAACCCUGGAGAGAGCCGCUCAGACAGAGACAAAUCUACGAAGAUGAAAACAGUCAGCCCAGUUUCAGACUUCAUGAUGAUCUGGAGUCAGACCCAAGCAGCAAGGUGGUGUCCUCUGGUCUGGCCCGGGUCUCCCUACAGGUCGGUUUCUGUUUGUAUUCAUGAGACCUUUUUAGAGACUUGUUGAGGGUCUAGAACAGAAACAUAUUUGCUCCUCUGACCCCGCAGGAGGCUCUGGAAGCACGUCGCCCCGACUUCAUCUCUCAGUCCAGACAGAGGGUGAAGCGUCUGGCUCUGCAGGCGGAGGAGAGGAAGCUGCAGGCCGACUUCAGCAGAGAGAGAGAAGAACUCUUCAGCCGGCCUGGAGGACCGGGGAGGCUGCCGAGGCCUGCAGGUACUCAACAACCGAAUCAGAAAGCCAGAAGAGAGAUCAGAAUCACAGAACUAGACUUGUUUCUAACCGAUAAACCUCUCUCGGUCCGUUCAGGUACAGCUCUGCUCAGGAGGGCGGUUCCCAGGAAGGAGAUGAUCCAGAGAUCCAAACAGUAAGAGCUGCUGAUGAGCUGUGAUUAAACACAGAUUUUUACAAUAACAGCAUCCUGAUUUGAGGUUUAAUGUCGCUCCUCUCACAGGAUUUAUGAGAGUCUGCCGGAGGUGCAGAGGAGGAGAGAGGAGGAGCGAAGAAAGGCCGAGUAUCGAUCUUACCGACUGAACGCUCAACUCUACAACAAGGUACAACACAGACACAAACAUCCCAACUCUGUUGGAGGGAAUUCAGGUGUUUUUUAUCUUCUGGUCCUGAGUUUUCUAAAAGAUAUCUGAACGACUCAAAGGUAUUAUGUAACUCUUACAAAAUACCUUUGAGUCAUUGCCCAGGUUAAAAAAUAGGGCCAAUUUUAGUCCGUUUGAGACAAAUCGGUAAUCGGCCAAAACUCGUCGAUUUUCGCCAACAUUUUCAGAAAUAAAUUGCCGGGACUAGGAUUCGGUUUCACUUCGAAAAUGUUCGGCCAUCUGAAGAGUUCCCCAACUUAUCCUGUAGAUGGCGCAGCGACCUCAUGACAAUCUUCAUCGGUGCGUCUGCUGGAUGUCCUCUUAUUUCUUGUCUUUCAGAGAAUCACCAGCCGGGUCCUCGGCAGACGGACAGCGUGGGACUGAUCAAACUGAAGAUAUUUGAUUAUUGAUAAAAUCAAAGAUCUGAAAACAGUUUUAUAAAUUUAAUAACUUUUAGAACAAAACUACCUGAACUUCAAAUCAUCUUUGUAUUAUUUAUUUGCAAUCAAAUUUUACAUGAUAAUGUUAAAAAGUUUGAACAGUUCUUUUCUACUCACAGACGUUUGUCAUGUUUUAACAGCUUCAUAGUUGUUUUUUUUAAUGUCAAAAUAAAUCAGAUUUUUAACCUUCUUUUCGCUAAGUAUCAUAUUUUAUUAUUGGACAC